UGAAAAGGGUCGGACGUGGACAAUGAAGGCAAGCGAAGAGAUCGACCGUGUCUUCUUGGACAAGAAGUUCAGCGCGACAAAGUACAUGCUGCGCUACAUAGUUGGUGCGUCGGACGACGUGAGGAAGGACCAACUGCAGACGAUCGGUCGGUAUCGGUCGCUAGCGGAUCACGAGAUCGCAGGGGUCGUCGAGGCCAACUACUCCAACUUCAACGCGUCGUUGGGAAAGUUUAAUGUGAUUUCGAACCAGCUUCAGGAGGCGCGGGCGGGUCUUGUCGAAGUGAGCAAGCGCAGCAUGGAAGGCAAGGCGAUAUUGACCGCCAAGACCAAGAACUUGAACGACUUGCUUCUUCUCAAGUACGAAUCGAAGAAGGUGAUUGAAGUCGUUGACGACAUCGACUUCAUCGACAAAGCGCCGAGUCGAAUUCGUCAAAUGCUUGCUGCCAAGAACGCGCCGGCGGCCGUAGACAUUUACUUGCGCGCUUUUGACUUGGUCUUGGGGGACAAGCUCGCUGUCUUCCACGCAAUCGCCAUCAUGCGCAACGCCAUCAUCGAAUGCAAGCAACUCAUCGAGGAUCACGUCGUACACGAGAUCGAAUCCAUCCUUUACCUUGAGGACGUGUUUGGAACCUUUACAAAAGGACUCAAGCAAACUGUGUCUGCGUUUCAAUCACUUUUGGCUCAAGCAGACAUGGUGCCUUCCGUCCAUGUGCUGCCUUCAAGCGGUACCUCGUCCGCCCCAUCCAACGCCAUCAUGCCCUCGACAAGCUCUUUCUCUGGCAACGCGCCGUCCAAGCCGCGUGCUACGACCGAGUUGAUAGCCCUCGUGGAUUGUGUCAAGCGGCUGUCACGGCAAGUGGAUGUUGCUGGCACGAUCAAGAACACUCGCGGGGUGCACCUGACCAAGGUUUUGUCCCAAGUUGCGUCGCUCUGUCAGGGCAAGGGAUACUACGAAGAGUCAACGUUCGGGCGUCAUGCAGCGUCGGCGAACUUUCAGACUUUUGUCCAGGCGCUGUGUCAAGCCCUUGGUCAAGUCGUGCGCCGUCAUCAGGUGCUCGUACAAACGCUGGACCAUUCAAGCUGCACCCUUCCGGACGUGAUCCAGAGCGUGUUUCGAUUGCUCCAGGACCAGCUGGGAGUGUACAUUACGACGGACGCCACGAGCGGUGCAGCACCCGCGUUUUCGGCGUCGGCAUUGCAACCCAACUCGUCGACGGGACUGUUUCGAUUUGCCCAGCUGCAAGGAAAUGUUGCGAUCGCGCCGCCGCAGCCUGCAACAAUGCCGGUCGACUCGAACCGCGCCUCUGUUGUUUGUCCAUCGAGCUUGUUUCACGUCCCAGUGGUGUACCCCGACCUGGUCGAGUUUUCCGACGCGAUCGUGUCGAUCGGCAAGUCGACGUUUUCAUACGCGGCCGACAUGUUGCACCCGUACUUGGCCAAAGUUUGGUUUCCUCGCCUCAAAAGUGAAGCCGAGACCUUUCUCUCCAGUCCCACGACUCGUGUGCCUCGUCGAUUCGAGUUGUCCCCUCCGUUGGAUGUGCCUUUUCAGAUCCCAGACGUCCACGAGGUGCUGCACGUCGUGGACGCGAUGUUUGCCAUGCUCGAAACCAUGCCAUCCUUCGUUCCCGACGUUGCUGGAGUCGUCGAAGCAACGUUACUGCGCUACGUUGAGGAGUGCUCUGCCGUCGUCCGGAAAAUCUGCGAUGGCACGUUGAAUCAGCUCGAAACGGGUGUCGCCGCGACGGAACUCAUGCGAUCGUUUCAAGAAUCGGACGUGUACUUGACGGCCAAGGGCAAGGUGCCACAUCAGCCUCUCGCGAAAGUUCUGCCCACGUCGUCCACCACUUCGUCGGAAAACGACAAGUCUUCGACCUUGACUGCGCCGUCUGGCCACAACUAUGGCUACAGCUAUGCGCUGCCGACACCGAUCUUGACAACGCCACCUUCGUCGGGCAGCCCAUCGGAAGGCCCGCCAGCGAUGUCCAAGAAGGAAGAGAUGCAAAUGAAAGAAUGGGACUUUGAAGUCAAAUUCAAGGACCCCGCGUUUUGGGCGGCGCCCCACGUGAGCAAGGGCCUGCUGUUCGACCAAGGCAAACUCGCCAUGCUUGCGUACAUCAACAUGGCUUGCGAUGCUGUGUCUCUGCAUACUGAAACGUGCAUGCAAGCGCUUUUAGCCAAACACAACGACGCAGAUGCAUUGGAGCACGUGCUGGGGAACGUGAAGGCUGUGAGUUGGCGAUGCAGCGGACUCGCCGAUGAAUGUCUCUUCUUUUUGCGGCGGGAGCUCCGAUUGCAAGCGUUUUAUUAUCUCACUCAAGUCGCCUCGCCGCUGGUGGCGCAGGCGUCCGCUCCACCAUCGAUAGCUUCGCCGACAGCACAGGCUACUGGCACCACUGCGCCACCGCCAAUCAGUCCCCACGACUGCAUCGUUGCGUGGAAUGCGCAUCUCAUGCGCAUGAAGUUGCCGCUGGCACAUGACAAGAUCGCGUUUGUGUGGGAUGGUUUGGACCGACUCGAAGCGACGAUUGCCAUGCACAUUGUGCAAUACGUACCGAAGCUGAGCGUUGCGGGCGUCGGCCAAAUGACAGUCAACUUAUGUGCCUUGCAGCAGACCUUGACCGCGCUCUUCUACGGCCAUCCUGCCAUCCCCCGCGACUUUUUCCACUUUGAGCGUGCAAAACGGUAUUUUCAGCUGCUGACGCUGACGGAGACCGAGUUGGAACUGUUCUUGAUGGAGAACCGCCGCGCCUUCCCGACCGAUUGCCUUCGGGCCAUUUGGCGCGUCGAUGUACCCACCCGAGUCUUGACCAAGUCGAGUGUGAACAAACUCGAUAGUCUCUUGCGUUAAAAUGCAUCCAGCAGUGAUGGAUCGUGUCGACUUCUACCUCGACUGUGGCCCCAUCAAACGCGAUUUGGUUGUGCUUGUCGCAUCGUUUAUGGCUACGUGGCCCUGCGAGCUAGGGGUGGUCGGGUCGAGCCACGAUCGCGAUGCUACGGAUGCAAAACGAGGCUCGUAUUCAACUACAGACUACCCCUCAGUGCAGGGAACGCAACGACGCGUCAAGCG